AGACAGCAGCAAUGGGAGGUGGUACAGGGACCCAUGACACACUCUGGACCUGGCAGCAGCAUGAGGAGGCAGUACAGGGGCCCAUGACAGAUUACGGGCCUGGCAGCAGCAUGAGGAGGCCGUACAGGGGCCCAUGACAGAUUACGGGCCUGGCAGCAGCAUGAGGAGGCGGUACAGGGGCCCACAGGCCUAGGUUAAAAAGUCCCCCCAGCAGCAGUGUGGGGAGACGACUAUGAAGAGUCCAAUGGCAGAGUGGCGGAGCAGAAGCAGCUUCAAUUGAAGAAGAAGAGG